AAGGGGAGGGACUCCGACGACAAGUCUGGGGCGCUGCUGUGCUGCUUUCAAGGCUGCACCAGUGCGACGUUUUAAUUCUAAAUACUCGACUCAGUGCUUUUGCUAAAGUAGCAGGGAGUCACGCAACAAAGAAUCGCGGCGUUUAUUUUUACAUUUUGUUUUGUUCAAAAGCGCGUUUGGCCCGGCUCUGCCCGGCCGGGCCUGGCCUGCAUGUAUGCCGUGCAUGUGCAGAGGGGAGAGAGCCUAUAGCGCAGGCUAACGGCAGUCGGGCUUUAUUGCCGCCGCAAAGGCACGUUAAGUUAUCCGUGAACUUUGUCACAUUUCGGCGGCAUGUCCAGCCUUCUGCUGGCGAGAAACGGCAGGAGAGCGAUCUCGGUAAUCGGCGGGGGGCGCAGAGGCACCGACGCACUUUCAGGAGUUCAUCCGGUUACGCGGCGCUUCAUCAUAGAUAUGUCCUACUCAGCGCACUUCAUGGAUUUUAAAGGAUCCUCCAUACCGAGCACUAUGAAAAAGCUGGUCGUCACCAAGCUUAGUCCUAAUUUCAGAGAGGCUGUUUCUAUGCAAACCGUUACGGUUCCGACACCCGGGGACGCGGACUUGCUCGUCAGGAAUCGUUAUGUGGGAAUCAACGCCUCUGAUAUUAAUUUCUCAGCAGGCCGUUACGACCCCUCGCUGAAGCCUCCCUUCGAUGCCGGUUUCGAGGGUAUUGGUGAGGUUGUUGGCCUCGGCCUCAGCGCCAGCUCCCGUUACACCAUUGGGGACAUCGUGGCCUAUUUCGGCAGCGGUGCGUUCGCAGAGUACACGGUGGUGCCAGCCAAGGAAAGUGUGCCUGUCCCCGCGGUGAAGCCAGAGUUCCUCACCCUGCUGGUCAGCGGCGCCACUGCUUACAUCGCCUUGAAACGUCUGGGCGACCUGGCCGAAGGUGAGACGGUCCUCGUCACGGCGGCUGCAGGAGGGACCGGGCAGUUCGCAGUGCAGUUUGCCAAACAGGCCGGUUGCCACGUGAUUGGGACCUGUUCGUCCAAUGAGAAAGCCGGCUUCCUUAAAUCCCUUGGCUGUAACAGGCCGAUCAACUACACCUCAGAAGACCUGGCCAAAACGCUCAAGAAAGAAUACCCAAAAGGCAUAGACGUGGUGUAUGAGUCAGUUGGAGGCAGCGUUUUAGAACUAGCAGUGAACAGGUUGGCCAAUAAAGGCCGACUGAUAGUGAUUGGCUUCAUCUCUGGGUACCAGACCGCAUCAGGGAUCCCACCUUUCACAGGAGGAACACUACCGGUCAAGCUGCUUCAGAAGUCGGCCAGCAUCAGGGGUUUCUUCUUGCCCCACUUCCUCAGUGACUACAGGGAGGCUCUGGGUAGCAUGAUGCAGAUGUUUGCCAAAGGAAAGCUAGUGUGUGAGGUGGAUUGUGGGGAUUUGGCCCAGGGGGGGAGAUUUGUAGGCUUGGAGUCAGUCUUCAGGGCUGUGGACUACAUGUAUGCUGGGAAAAACCUGGGCAAGGUGGUGGUGGAAGUGGCACCACCCUCUGUUAGUAAUAGUAAACUGUGAAAGAAAUCAUGCUUGAGCUCAAAUGAUUGUUAAGUUUAAAAUGAAAAACUGUGAAUUAGGGAUUUAAUCAUUAUUAACAGAGGUGAGGAUCUUUAUUUUUGUAAUAUGAUUGAUGUGGCAUUAAAGGCAAAGCUACACAAUGCUUCCAUAAAGAAAUAGAAUACUAACAUUAUUUUCUACUAUAUCUUACUUUGGAAUCUAUGUGCAAUAAAAGUGAUUGAUCAGUCAUCCCUAAUUUGUUAGUUAAUUUAACUAAUGUCUAUGCAGUGAUGAUAAUAUUGCAUAAAUAUUCAGAUUAAAACUCAGGAAAAUAUA